GAUUUCUGGCCAUCGAUACCAUAUCAACAUUUUGCGCUCUUGCACCGACAACAUGGUAUAUCGCCCGUUUCAAUCGACGUACUACGAUGCGCAGAUGAGAGCCUCGCCUGCUCUGCUACGAGCGCGAGCACCAUAUCUGAUUAAAAACACCAUCACUGGUACCGCCAUAUUCGCCACUGCCAUAGGCAUCUUUGAUGCCUACACUAUUCACGUCAUCUCGCAAGAUGAAUUCGACGACGUUAUUGUCCCCGAUAAACCCAUACAUCGCACCGACGCACAGAGCGUCGUGGAAAGGGCUCGACAGGCAUCGGAUGCUCGCAAGCAUCAGGAGUCUUAACCGGAGCGACAUGGGGGCGUCAUGGGCCUGUAACAAUUUGUACAAUCAUUAACCUGCAUUGGGAGGAGUAUACUGAAGAUUCAUUUGUUUCGCAUGACUAUCACGCACUGCAACACGAAUGAAAUUUCUACCAUGUGAUGUGGUCGUGAUUCA